AUGGCCGGCUUCAAGAGCAAUGUCUGCGAGGCCGUGGCCCGCCACCGUCCUGGCUACCGGCCCUCGCAGCUUGAGGCGGACCUGUACGCGGCCAUCUACGGCUCCAACAUGAUUGCGUCGGCGGGCACGAGCUACGACCACACGGCACUCAUCUGCCUCGAGGUGCUGCGCGGCGCGCCCGUUCUCGCGCCAAUCACGGACCCGGAUCACGACCCGGACUACGCGCCGCACGUGCAUUUUCUCAUUGACUGCGGCAAGAGGGCGACGUUUGGCGCCGUGGCUGCGUCGAGGCUCGAAGUGAUUCGGCACGCGCACGCGUAUUGCUACCUGAUGGACCGGGUGCUGCUCAAGGGACGGGCCGUGUCCGAGGCGAUGCUUUGCGAGACGCAUCGGCGGCUGGUCGGUUGCGAGAGCGGCUCUGGCGGCGGCGAGUACCGCGGGUAUGAGGGAGGGGGCCGGGCGCUGCUUGACAUGCGGUGGAGGGCGGUCAAGCACCGGAUGGCGCAGUUUUGCGAGGAGCUGGCAAAGGAGAUGGAAGAGGGAGGAGGGGUGGAUGUGUAUGCGCUGGCGGCGAGGUAUCAUCACAACUUGAUGUGCAUCCGGCCGUUUGCAAAGGGAAACGGGAGGGUGGCGCGGGUCCUGGUCAAUGUGCUGCUGCUGAGUCUGGUGGGAAGGAUCAGCGUCAUUGGGAUGAAUGGGGACGAGGUGGACGAGUAUCGCAAGCUGGCUGUGCAAGGGUACAAGGCGUUUCGGAAGGAGGGUUUCGAAAUGUUGCGAGGUGAGAGGACGUCGCACUUGGAACUCGCCAGCUUCUUGUAUAAGAAUGCAAUGAAUUGA